GCCCCGGGGGUUCCCGGGUUUGGGGCUCGGUGUCUGUCUCAGGGGAUGUGGAGAGCGGGCAGCAUGUCGGCAGAACUGGGAGUCGGGUUCGCACUGCGGGCGGUGAACGAGCGCGUGCAGCAGGCGGUGGCGCGGCGGCCGCCGAAUCUCCCAGCCAUCCAGCCCCGGCUUGUGGCCGUCAGCAAAACCAAACCUGCAGACAUGGUGAUCGAAGCCUACAGCCACGGACAGCGCAACUUCGGGGAGAACUAUGUUCAGGAGCUGCUAGACAAAGCAUCAAAUCCGAAAGUUCUGUCUUCAUGUCCUGAUAUCAAAUGGCACUUCAUUGGCCACCUACAGAAGCAAAAUGUCAACAAGUUGAUGGCUGUCCCCAACCUCGCCAUGCUGGAGACGGUGGACUCUGUGAAGCUGGCAGACAAGGUGAACAGUUCCUGGCAGAAGAAGGGUUGUCCCGAACGGCUGAAGGUCAUGGUCCAGAUCAAUACCAGCGGCGAAGAGAGUAAGCACGGUCUUCGGCCUUCGGAGGCGGUAGCCGUGGUGGAACACAUAAACGCCAAGUGCCCCAGCCUGGAGUUUGUGGGGCUGAUGACCAUCGGAAGCUUUGGACAUGAUCUGAGUCAAGGGCCAAACCCAGACUUCCAGGUGCUGCUGUCCCUGCGGGAGGAGCUGUGUGACAAGCUGAACGUCCCUGCCGCCCAGGUAGAGCUGAGCAUGGGCAUGUCCACGGACUUCCAGCACGCGAUCGAGGUGGGAUCCACGAAUGUCCGCAUAGGAAGCACCAUCUUUGGAGAGCGGGAUUACUCAAAGAAGGCCCCAGUGGAGGUGUCGCAGGAGCACUGAGCCCAGGCCACGCGGACUGCCCUGUGGUGCUCCGGUGUUACAGCCUGCAGGGGCGCGCCCGCCGAGACGGGUGGUGACAGGGACCAGCGGCACUGGGUCUCUGACGCAGGAAGCUAGCUGCGUGCAGUAGCUUCCGAUUGCACUUGAAAACUCCCGCCCUUCCCGACAGCGUGGAACUGAGUUCUGUACAGAUUCCACCCCGGAGCACCAGCUGAGCUGCGAAUGCCUUUUCCAGGUUAAAAUGUGGUCCCUGAUGCCUCUAACCGUGGAAGGCAGAGAGAGCCUCGUGUUUCAUCCCACUUUAACAGGAAGUCGCUGUGAUCACCAGCCUCCUUCAGCCCUCUGCUGCUGGGGGCCGAGGUGCGGCCCGCCCCCACCCCUCCCCCACCCCGUUCUCCAGCCAGUAGAUGCCUGAAGGCUGUGUCCACUCGGCAGAGGCUGUGCAGCACGAGCUAGGACCUUGGCUGAUGAGAGUCUGGGUCGCUAGCCGUGCUGUGGUAAUGACCCUUACGCGACACAGGCGACGCAGAUAGGAUUUGAGCCCAAGGAGCCAGGACGGAGGGCUUUCCUCUGGGGAGAAUGAGCAAAAGGCUUUCUCGUCGCCCAUGACCCUCUCUAAAGUGCUUAGCGCGGGCCAGGCGGCCCCAUCACUCCUGAGAAAUGAGCGAUGCUCUCGCAGCCGCCUCGGCACGUGGUGUGCACAAGCCCCGGCCGGCCCCUUCCUCGGCUCUGCCACAGCCCCCGCCGUUUAUAAGCCAAACUCUUGCAGCUCCUCUUGGCAGCUGACAGAGUGGCAAGAUCUUUAAAAACCAGAAAGCACAAUUCUCUCGUCACAACAGAUGGCUUCCCUGGGGCUUGUUCAUCUACACGGCUUUCUCGCUUCCUUAUUCCAGCUCCAGUCUUGAAUUCUAGGAGGUAACUUUCAGAACGUGAUGCUGCUGCUGAAUGUAAUUUUGUAAAACUUCAACCAUGCUGAUCCCUCUGUUGCCUCCAUCAGAGCUAUGCUGUAAUAUCUCAGAGUCAAUUAAAUAAAAAUGUGAACUUGAAUUAUA